CUGGCAUUAUAUACACACAAUAAUAUCAAGUAUGUAAUACUGCGAAGCUUCUAUUGUUAACAAAUCAUACGCUUAUGCCUAAAGUGUAAUUAACAAACUAUAAUUAACGAAAUAUGUAAUAACAUGCAUAGCAGAAAAUAAAGCAUAAAGUUCGUUAUAUGAAUUAAGACAUUACGGUGGAAUCUUGAAAAUAAAUACAUUACAGAAAAUUACCGCUAACUAAAACGCCUUACGUCGCAACAAAAUUACUGCCCAUACAAUGGCCUCUAUAGAGGAGCGUUUUCAAGCCGCCGUCAAUGUGAUCAAAGGGUUGCCCAAAAAUGGCCCAUAUCAACCCAGCACCGCCAUGAUGCUCAAAUUUUACGGUUACUAUAAGCAAGCAACAGAAGGCCCCUGUCAUCAAAAGCGUCCCGGAUUCUGGGAUGUUGUUGGCAAAGCGAAAUGGGAUGCCUGGAAUGAUAAUCGUCACCUAACAAAACAACAAGCAAUGGAACGUUAUGUACAUAAUUUACGUGAAAUUAUUGAGACGAUGUCGUUCACCGAAAACGUUCAAAACUUUGUUGGAAGCAUUAGUACUUUGGACAAUAUAAAUUUAGAGGAGCUGGAUAUGGUUGCACCGGGUAUGCGUGAGCUAGCCGAAUCGCAUCCAAAUUCUCCAUUCAACUCCCGAACCAAUAGUCCACAACAUGGCGCGAGCUUGAAUGGUAGCAGCGGUGAUGAAGAUGAGCUCGCCACUAAUUCGCCGAUGAAUGGACCCCUCACCGUUCACAAUCACCACACUGAUAAUAAUUUAAUGAAUGGCACAAAUGAACAUGAUGGCAUUGUUGCUCCACAAACAAAAGCUACAGUUUCUGCCAUACCAGAAACACCUGUAAAUAAUGCCACGUAUGCCAUGUCCAACGGCACUGUGGAUCAGUCUGAUGAUGAGUAUGGUGAUCCUGUGGAAAUGAAUAUAGGUUUUACUGAAACAAUGCAGCAUAAUGCUGAAAUGCUUAAACAAAUUCAAGCAACUGUAUUGCGCAUGAAUGCCGACUUAGUGGCCGUAAAUCAACGUAUGAAUAGCUUGGAAAGAGUUUUAAAUGAUAUGCGUACAACUGUUGUGCAGAAAGCCACAAAUCAGCAGACUGGUCGUGGAUACCCAAAAUGGUGGCCAUUUGCUGAUAUCUCACCGCUUUGGUUUACGUUACUAGUGUUAUGGCCUUUCGUAGUUCGAAGGUUAUCACGUGCAGUGACAGCACCACGACGGAAAUAAAAUCCUUUCGAUUAUAUAUGUGUUGCUCACACAUAAAAUGAAAUUGACGAUAAUGGAUGCUGGUUCACAUUUGCUGGGCACAAAGGCUCCUACAACAAUAAUUACUUUUACAGCUUUACUUUAUAUUUUGCGCAAAAUAAUCUGCAGAAUCGUUAUAUUUUAUUCGAAUUUAAAUAUGCGCAAAUAAGUUAAGUAAUAAGAAACUGAAAAAGCGGUAUAAACAAUAUCUGGGAUGAGGUUAUGUGAUGCAUAAUAGUGUAACAUUUAUUUUUAUAUGCUCUUUUAUUUUUUUUUACAGCUUAUUCUAUUUUUAUAUGUAGAUCCACAUGUACCUUUAUUCAACAUUCCCUAGCGAAAUAGGUAAUGUGCAUAACUAUCGAAAAUAAUCUUUAAAAUAAGCUUACUAAAAAUGUAAUACAUAUUAUUCUUUAUAUGUUUAAACGAAAAUUACUUUUGGUCAAAGUUUUGUUAUUUGGUUGCUAAAUGUAUUUGAUAUGUUUGUAUUGUUUAUUGAUUAUUUUUAUAUAAAUAAAUACGAAUUGUCAAUUUUCAA